AUGGGUGAUAGUUGGACGCGUCAAGCACAGCUUGACGAAAAGUUGGCUUUGGAGUCCAUUUUUGGAAACGACGCAGUUUUUCCUCGGAUGGCUUGGAAGGUAUGGAAGCCGCUGCAGGUUACGAUACAUCUGGAGCCUCAUCACACUGGAGAGGAGGCAAGUCAAACAUUCGUUUCAUUAGAUCUUCACGCAGAAUGCCCAGAGUCCUAUCCGAAUAGUGUACCUUCAUUGAGUGUGAAGAAUUCCAAAGGUCUCUCACAAGAUGAUAUCAAAGAGCUUCUUGUAGUACUGAAUCGAAGAUGUAAUGAGCUUAUUGGAACUUCAAUGAUUCUCGAUCUGUGCGAUGUCGUCAGUAGUUUUCUAUAUGAAAGAAACAAACCACCUCUCGGAUCUUUCCACGACGUCAUGUUACGACAUAAGGAAAACCGAGAUUCCUUGUUAGAGGAAGAAAAAGCGUGCAGCGAAGCACGAGAAAAGGAAGCAGUAGCGGAGGAACUAGAAAGACAACAACUCGAAGCUGAGUGGAGAUCAGAAGUCUUGCAGACUGAAAGUGCAGAUGAGAAAGAUGUCCAGACAAAAUCCACUACGUCUGUAAUUGGUGGACGUGAAAUCACUGCUAGUUCUCUUUCAAUCACCAGACCUCAUCAUACGUUCUGUCGCGAAUGGUUUGGUUGCGACCAUGGUCAACUUUUGCUCAUCUCCGAAUAUAAGUUCAAUUCCAGUGGGUGCAAAAAUACACCAACAAAUAUCAAAGAUCCAAAAUACGUCACUCUUAUGAGAAAACUGGAGGAAAUUGACAACUUGCGUCAUUCCAUUUCUAAUCUACUAAAAGAUGAGCAAACACUGUUACCGUAUCAUUUCGUGGCUAUGGAUAAAGUUUCUUUGUCCCCAAAAUUCUUCAAUGUCACAGUGUAUGUGGCGCAGAAGGUCGAAGACGACGAAAAGUGUUUUAUAGAGUGUGCUGAUAGUAUUCGUAAGGAGAAUUUUUUGCGACGACUUUCUACCAGUGCUGUCUGUGCGUUGCGUUGCCUUCAUGAUCAUAAAUUGGCGCAUGGAUGUGUUGAUAUUCACUCACUUUGGUGUGGCAAAUCGUCAUUACGUUUUUCAGAUUAUUGUCUUAAAAGACGUCUUCUUAGUCUAUGCGAGUACUUCAAGUACUAUACUGGAAACUUGGAGCACUAUAAUCCCGCAGACGAAAAAAGCAAAAGAACCCAUGAUUUGAGAGAUCUUGCUUCUCUUCUCAAGGAAAUAAUGACAAAUAAAGCGUUUGUCGAUGGAGAAGAAUCUCUAGAGGAGCUAAAAAGCUUCAUCUCCACGUGUGAGAGUGCGCAAAAUAUUGAGGAAUUAAUAAAUCACCAGUAUUUCAAUCAUGGAGGAGCGGUCGUAUUCGAUUCCUACAGCUCUUCUAACUCACAUCAUUUUGCUAUCCAACAAAAGGAUAGUAGGUUAAUGAAAGAUUUCAUCAUACAGAAAUACCUUGGGAAAGGAGCUUUCGGUGAAGUUGUCCAAGCAAGAAACAAGCUUGACUGGUGCGACUAUGCUGUGAAGUGCAUUACACUAGACCCAAUGGAUGAUCCACUAACAAGAAGAAUUACCCGUGAAGCGAAGCUAUUUUCAAAGUUGAAUCAUCCCAAUGUGGUUCGGUACUUCAACGCAUGGAUCGAGACUGUCACAACAGCUCAUACGAAAAGAUCCACAUUUUCUCCUGCUAAGAGUUCUAUUUUUUCGGCCGAACGCAUCAAGAAAUUUGAAGUGGAGGACGAUUCGCUUCUGGCAACACGUCUUAGAAAUCUAGAGGUCGCUGCAGGUGGACUACUGGUGGAUGCAAAUGAGUGGACUGCGAGCUGCAGAGGACCGGAACCACCUUCGUCCUCAGACGACAGUAGUGAUGGUGAAUCCUGUGACUCAAAUCGUUUCGCUCCUCCUACAUAUUCAAAUUCUGACAGUGUCAGUGUUCUAUUCGAAAAUGAAAAGAUUUCUGGAGGAUCCUCGAGCAGUUCUGCGAUAAAGCCUGCUGAUUCAAGUCCUGACAAGGAAGAAUCACCGCCAAUGCCAAGUGCGCUUUCAAGUACUGAUAGGCGUGCAUCCGGAUUUCCUUUGCGCGUACUGUACAUUCAAAUGGAAUACUGCGACGGUGGGACUUUGAGAGAUUGGAUAGAAGACGGUGACCUUCGCGGAAACCCGCGUUUAAUAUGGAGACUUUUUGCUGAAAUACUAACUGGAUUAGACUAUAUCCACCGUCAAGGAAUGAUCCAUCGUGACAUCAAGCCGAUGAAUAUUCUCUUAGACAGUGAAGGACACAUCAAAAUCGGGGACUUCGGAUUGGCGACCAGAGAUCUUUUCCUCAAGAAAACACAGACAACGGCGUGUGUAUCUGCUUCCGUAGGCAUAGAACAAGCUCUACUAACAAAAGAUAUUGGGACUGAGAUGUAUAUGGCGCCUGAAUUGAGUGAUAUCAAAAAUUCUGAACCAUAUACCGCUAAAAUCGACGUUUACAGUACUGGAAUUGUUCUCUUUGAGAUGUGUAAUCCUCCGUUUUCUACGAAAAUGGGACGCCAGCGUAUUAUUGCUGACCUAAAAAAAUCAAUGAUUUUCCCUGAAAAUUUCGGAGAAGGUUUUAGUGCAGUACAGGCAAAACACGUACGUCAUCUCAUCGAAUGGAUGUUGAAACCAGACCCAACUGAAAGGCCGACUGCCGAACAGUUAUUACGGGACGAUCAUGUCCCUCUCGUGGAUAUCGAGGACAAGCAGUUUAAGAAAAUAUUCACGCAAGCGCAAAAAACUCGAAAUCGGCUCUAUCACUGGAUGGUUAAUGCACUUGGGAAAGAGGUGCUACCCGCAGCGCGAGCUUACUGUUACGAUCAGGGCAUCUGUAAGGAGAAAUUUACAUGCUCUCGGGACAUAUACGUCGCUCGUUUGAUGGACGAGCUCGCUUCCAUUCUACGGAUGCACGCAUUUGUCCCACUGAACACGCACCUUCUUGUCCCACAAUCGAAGAUCGCACUAGACUCAUGCAAAUCAAUGUAUUCCAAGCCAGCAGCAAUGGUUGACCCACAUGGUUACGUUACUAUGCUUCCAAUGGAUCUCCGCCAAAAUUUCGUCCGAUUAUGUGCGAGAAACUCUAUUAAUCGGAUCAAACGUUACGUAUUCGAUAGGGUGUAUGCGAACAAGGAUACCAAUGAAGACGUCCAUCCAUCUGAAGAAUGGGAAUGCUCUGUUGAUUGCGUCGGUUUGGCCACUUCUGCGAGCACGCUCUCAGCAGAUCUCCUUACCGUCGUUAGUGAAAUCCCCUACAAAAUUCUACCCGAAUACAAAUGUACUCUAAGCAUUGGGCAUAUGAGUCUGAUAGAGGCGGCUCUCAUCCAUGCAGGCAUCAAAAACGAAAAGAAGGAGAUCGUGCUUGAAUCCAUGCAGUCCCGCGAAUUAAACUUUAUGCCUAUUCCUGUAUCAAAGGUUAUCGAGUCAGUGGGAGAUCUUGUAGGAGAUAGUAAGAGUCGAUGCUUCCUUGCUGCAUUGCCCAAAGCAUUUCCGAUCUCUGUUUUCAAGGAUAAGUGUAAGAGUUUGCUUCACUCUAGAAACAGUAAGGUCAAGGAUGCUGCUAACGUGGCUAUUUCGGAGAUGGAACAAAUUGCGGAAUUGCUCGCUCAUGCUUCUAACGCCAAAAAUAUCGAUAUAGUUUUUGAUGGAACCAUCGUAUAUCGUCCUUCUACAUUUGCUGACGGGAUAGUGUUCGAUUUGUCUUGUACGUUGCCCAGCACAAGGAAACGUGGCACUGUAGAUCUCACAGUCCUCGCAGGAGGGCGCUACGACAGUUUGCUGAAAAAUGAGCUGCAUCCGCAGGAUAUUCGACCUGCCCAUUCUCUGUGCCUUGUCGGACUUUCUAUUUCAUUAAAUGUCUUGGCCGAUAUCAGAAGGAAGUUGUCUAACGAGAGCCCUAUCGUUUGCGAUGCUUUGGUGUGUUCAUACUCAAAACCAUUGCUGGUGGAGAAGUUUGAACUCGCAAAUUUACUUCGUGACUCAGGAGUACGCACAGACAUUAUGCAUGAACCGGUUUCUUCUGUUCCUGAAAUUCUCGAACACUGUGUGCGAAGCAAUAUUGAGAAUCUUCUGGUCGUGUUUGGUCCUAGCGAGGUGCUCGUAAUGAACAAUGCUAUUGAUCACGGGAAGAUGACAUUCACGGCUGCAGUAGACCGUCUAAAGAAGAAAACUGAUGAACCAAUUCACAGGAACCAACUACCGGCAGUUCCUCCCUCACCCGCUACAUUUGCGAACUGCAUCGUUGUUUAUGCAACCGUUGAACGUCCAGCACUUAAUACUAAGAAGAAAAUUGAGAAUCAAAUUCGAGUUGGACUAACAAACACUUUUUCCCAGUUUUCUUCUUCUGAAAAGAUUACUCUAUUAGUAACCUCUCUUCCUGGUGAUCUCAUUAGAUCUGUCGCAACUUCUAUUAAUAAGGGGAUGACUCUAGACGAGCUUAUUCGCGUAUUUGACACAAUCUGUAAAUCAAGCAAGAGGUCCAAGGAAGAUAUGGAGUGUUUGUACGAACAUAUGAAGAAGAUUUUUGCUAUCGAUCGCAAGACAAGGUCAUCGGUUAUUAUCUAUCGCAUGCAGGACGGAUUUUUCAAAGUUAUUAACUAG